AUGGAAAGAUUUAAUGAACAUAUUGGAGCUGUGAAUAGUUGCCAUAAUGAUGCUAGAAUACAGUUUGAAAGUUUUCAAGAUCAAAGGCAUAGUGUAUCAAAUGUGCUACGAUCUUGUGGGCGCGAAAUAGAUAUUGCAUAUCGCACCCGUUUAACUGCUGCUCUAGAUGUGACCCGCUUUCUUUUGAAGCAAGGAUUGGCUUUUCAUGGAAAUGAUGAGUCAACUAGUUCUUCAAAUAGAGAUCUGGCACAUGCUUGUGCCUCAGAGAUCACAAGUGUUAUAAUCAAUGAUAUUGGAGACAAUUAUUUUUCCCUAAUAGUUGAUGAGUCUCGAGACAGUUCAGUGAAAGAGCAAAUGGGAGUUGUUUUGAGAUAUGUGAACAAAGAAGGGCGUGUGAUUGAACGUUUCCUUGCAAUUGUACGUGUGUCUGACACCACAUCUCUUUGUUUGAAAGAUGCAAUUGAUUCUUUAUUCGCGCAACACGGAUUAUCAUUAUCCAAAUUGAGAGGUCAAGGAUAUGAUGGAGCUUCAAAUAUGCGAGUGAAUUCUUUGUCUAUGUCUCUAUGA